AGUUCCUUCCAUCCUGCUCAUCUUCCUUCCAGAACUUGGCGCUCUCGCUGCGAUACUCACCUCGCUCUUGCCGCGUCGCUUCUCGCUCUGCAAAUCUCUCAAGCAACAGCAAUGGAGGUCUCUCCCAUCGCCGCCGUCUCCAAGGCGCAUCUCUCGUCGCCUUCCUCAGAUACAUUUACGUAUGGAAGGAUAAGAUUUGCCAAACGGCCGCAAGUUCUGGUUUUUUCAACAUCUGGAAGGAGCGCAAAGACUUUAGAUGGUCGAGACAGUUCAUCUAUUCAAAAGCAUCGUUGCGUAAAGGUUUUCUGCAGCCAGAAGAAAGAAAUUCCUACCGUGUCAGCCGGGUGCAUGGAUGAUGUAUAUGAUGCUUUGGCUAAACGCCUAGUCCCUACAGCAGCAGUUGCAUCAAAUCCUAAUUCAAAGUAUAUUUUGGGUUUGGCCGGUCCUCCUGGUGCUGGAAAGUCCACUCUAGCAUCAGAGGUAGUACAAAGAGUGAAUAACUUAUGGUCUCAAAAGGCUUCUUCCCUUGAUUCUCUAGUGGAACCAAUGGAUGUUGCAUUAGUCCUUCCCAUGGAUGGCUUCCAUUUGUAUCGCUCUGAGCUAGAUGCUAUGGAGGACCCGGAGGAAGCACAUGCAAGAAGAGGAGCUCCAUGGACAUUCAACCCUGAGCUGCUGCUUACUUGUCUCAAAAACCUGAGGGAUCAGGGAUCAGUUUAUGCGCCAUCCUUUGAUCACGGCAUUGGAGAUCCAAUAGAAGAUGAUAUCUUUGUGACCCUUCAGCACAAAGUGGUUAUUGUUGAAGGCAAUUAUUUGUUGUCGGAAGAAGGGGUUUGGGAGGAUCUGUCAUCCUUUUUUGAUGAGAAGUGGUUUGUUGACGUUGACAUUGACAAAGCCAUGCAAAGAGUUCUAAAGAGGCAUAUUUCCACAGGAAAGGCUCUGGAUGUUGCUAGAUGGCGGAUAGAAUACAAUGAUCGACCCAAUGCGGAACUUAUAAUGAAGUCAAAGAAGAAUGCCGAUUUGAUAAUCAAAUCAAUUGACUUCCAAACGUGAAUUCUCUGUGUCUGCUUUUUCAAGGAAUUAGAAUCCCAAGGUCGGUCAGAUUUCCAAACCCUUGGGAUUUAAAUGAUCUAGACCUAAUGCCUAAGCUCUCUAUUGAGUAAUAAUGAAGAUAAUACUGUGGUCCAGAUGAAAGGAUGCAACUAGUGCUUUUUUGGUCAAUGCAGUCAGAAAAAAGUCAAUCAACUGAACUGUACAAAGCAGUCAAAGAGAGAGUAUAUCUAAAGUUUAGUUUAGGGAAUUAACUCACAAAUGGGCCAGAAUAUCGUUUUGUUUCUGGGGAGUGCACGACAAGGAUUAAACUUUGUCGACGCCAUUAAGAUGUAUAUGCGAUCCAUCGGGCAGUGUUACUGCACGAUGAAUUUUCAGUCUGUUUCUAUGUUAAUGAAUGAUGUUUGCAAAUGUUUUAA